AUGUAUCAUCAAGUUUUGGUUGCACCGGAAGACAGAGAUUCUCUGCGGUUCCUUUGGUGGCAAGAUGGAGAUUACAAUCAACCAGUUGCAGAUUAUCGUUGGAAUGUUCACAUUUUUGGUGGCUCUUGGGCUCCUAGUGAAACUUUAAGUGCAAUUAAUGAAAAUUUUUACGUCGAUGAUUUGCUUCGGUCAGAGCCAACCGUGGAAGAUGCAGUUCAUCGUAUAAAGGAUUUGUCCUCUCUUCUUGAUGAUUCGGGAUUUCAUCUUACUAAGUUUUUGAGUUCUCAACCUGAAGUUUUGGAAACUAUCUCUGAAGCAGAUAGAUCACCUACUACAAUAAGUUUUAAUUUUGAAGAAAAUAUGUCACAGGAGGCAUUGGGUUUACUGUGGGAUGUAUCUACUGAUGCAUUUCGUUUCGAAGUUAAUAUUGAGCAAAAACCAUAUACAAGACGUGGAUUGUUAGCGAUGCAAGCACAGAUUUUCGAUCCUCUUGGUAUUUUGGGUCCCUUUCUAUUACCUAUGAAGAGAUUACUGCAACAAUUAUGUGCAGAGAAUUUUACCAGGGAUCAACAGUUACCUGAUAAAGCUAUUGAUUUAUGGAAAAAGUGGAUGGUUCAACUUCCUGAAUUUAGAAGAAUUUCUGUGCCAAGAUGGUUCAAAGGCUCCAAAUAUGGUGAUUGUACAAUGCAGUUGCAUACUUUUUGUGACGCCUCUGAAGUUGGUCUGGGAGUUGUGAGUUAUGUUCGAGUUGAAAGCAAGGAUGGCAAUAUACAUUGUGAGUUUAUUGCUGGGAAAUCGCGAGUUGCACCACUGAAAUCAAUUUCAAUUCCUAGACUUGAGUUGCCUGCUGCUGUCAUUGCUGUGAAACUAAGUGAAAUAAUUCAGAAAGAGUCAAAAUAUAAAUUUGAUGAAGUCACAUUUUGGUCUGAUAGUACAUCAGUGCUGCAAUACAUCAAUAAUGUCAAAACAAGAUUUAAAGUAUUUGUAGGAAAUAGACUUUCUGUAAUACAUGAGCAUUCUACACCAAAGCAAUGGAGAUAUGUUGGCACUAAAGAAAAUCCAGCGGACUUGGCAUCAAGAGGAGUCAUGCCUGGGAAGUUAAGCAAGUGUGAUUUGUGGUUCCAGGGUCCUGAAUUUUUGAGAAAGAGUGAAGAUUAUUGGCCAGAAAGACCAAAAGUUCUGCCAAUGAGUGAAGAUAAUUGUGAAAUCAAGAAAACACACCAGAUGUUUGCUAUAACACAGGAAACGAUUGAGAAAACACCAGUCUUUUUCACGUUAUUGAAGAGAUAUUCAUCUUGGAGAAAAUUACAGAAGUCAGUUGCAUGGUUGGCACGUUUCAAGAAAUGUAUAUUAUUGAAAUUUGGUCAUGCUGAUAAACCUGAAUUUUGUAAAGAAGGUUUAACUGUGGAUGAAAUAAAUGCUGCGACUCAUGACAUAUUACAUCUUGUGCAGAUGGAAAUGUUUUCAGAAGAUGUGUUCAAGUUAGACAAGAAUUCACCAUUGCGAGCUCUAACACCUUGUUUGAUUGAUGGCUUAAAAUGUGUUGGAGGUAGACUACAGCGAUCUACUUCACCUGAUGAAAGCAAGCAUCAAGUCAUCUUGCUAUACAAUCAUCAUGUGACUGAUCUCAUUAUCAAUCAUUAUCAUUUACUGGAGGGACACAGUGGAACACUGCAUGUCUUAUCUGUUAUUAGACAGCGGUUCUGGAUCAUCAAAGGUCAUUCAGCGGUCAAACGUGUUCUUCGUCAAUGUUUGAAAUGCAAGAAGAGGCGAGCUAAACCAGGUUCGCAAAUCAUGGCACCACUGCCUGAAUUGAGAGUUAAACCAGGAAACCCACCAUUUAGUGUGACCGGUGUGGAUCUUAUGGGAUAUUUUCUCAUCAAAUCUGGUCGAAGUGAUGUAAAGCGAUGGGCUGUGAUAUUUUCAUGCAUGGCAAGUCGAGCAAUUCAUAUUGAGGUCGUGAACAGUUUUAAUACCUCUGACUUUAUCAACGCACUGGAAAGAUUUGUAGCAAGAAGAGGUCCUGUAUUGGAGUUGAUUUCUGACAACGGGUCAAAUUUUACUUCUGCGAAUAACGAGUUAAAGGAAGGACUGAAACGUUGGAAUCAGUCUGUGCAUGAAACCAUUAGUCAAAAGGGAAUCAAGUGGAAAUUUAACCCUCCUGCUGCGAGUCACUGGGGUGGGUGUUGGGAGAGAAUGAUUCGGUCAGUGAGAAAAAUUCUGACUGCACUUGCAGGGGGCCGACAACUGGAUGAUGCUAUGUUUUACACAUUUCUCACUAAAGUGGAAAGAAUUCUGAACAAUCGACCGAUUACACCUGUUGGAGACGAUUGCAAAGAUCUUUGUGCAUUAACACCAGCUAUGCUAUUAACUGGUCGCAUCGAUCCUGAUUAUCCAUCGGAUGUUUUUGUUAAAGCAGAUGGAUAUCGAAAGUCUUGGAAAUUGGUGCAGUUACUGGCAAAUCAUUUUUGGUCAAGGUGGACAAAAGAAUAUCUGCAAAUUCUUCAAUCAAAGCAAAAGUGGCAUCAACCAGCAAAGAACUUUUCUGUUGGAGACUUGGUUCUGGUAGUUUAUGAAGAUACACCGAGAGGUUCGUGGCCAAUGGAAAUCAUCGUGGAAACGUAUCCAGAUCAAUUUGGUAUGGUUCGACGUGUUCAAGUCAGGACUGCAAAGUCUUCAUAUGUUCGUGAUAUUCGCAAAUUGUGUCAUCUUGAAGCUGUGUAA